CAUUGACAUUUGUUAGUCGACUCGCAUCUUGCAGGGCAAUCGUGUUGUGUCCAAAUAUUAUUUUGCGACUAUUUUAUCAUGUGAGUUAUGAGUUGUACAGAAAAUGAAAGUGGCCCUUUUGUCGUGUUCUUCUUACCAGCGGUCGUUGGCUUUUUGACUAUUCUACUGGCCCGGCGUUGGGCUAACUCGCAAGUUAGCACAUCGUCUACGGCCGUUUCUAGGCGGCGAAAAAUUAUAAAAGACCCGCUUAUAAAGCGGCCUUUACCCUCUAUCACCACUAAAAUGGUGGCUCCGGGUUCCAAGAAGGGCACUAGCGGUGCCAAGAAGGCAGCGCCAGCAGCGUCUGAUGAAGACGCGAAUGGAUGUAAGCGCACCAAAGUGCGUUUGUCUUUCGCGGCUCCCCUAUCUGAAAUGAAGUUAUCAGAGAACCCCUCGCCGCCUAAGCACAUACCAUUCCCCUAUAUCCCUCAGGACGGCGUUCUGCUGUUUGAGAUUAUGACGUUUGCAUUCACCGUGGUAGCAACUGGCUUGCAGCUCCUGAAUGUAUACAGGACGGUUUGGUGGCUACCUAAUUCUCUAACGAGUGAAGCUAUGCACUUCCACUUGAUAGAUCCACAUCUGGUGGGGUUUAUUCUGGCCAUACUCAGUAGGAGAUUGUUUCUAAGUGUAACACUUAGCAUUUUAAGUGCAGCAGUGUCACCUAAACUCAUACCGCAUGCUACACUGGGAGCAAGGAUGUUCAUACUAGGUGUGGUAGUUGGUUCUAUGUCGUGGUGUGCGUACUUCAUCAUACUCAAAUAUCCACUAGUCAAGAUCUUCUAUUUAUGCUAUCCGGCAAUAAUCUACCUAAUACUAUUUGGUUUCCAAGUGAGUCCGUUUAUUGAGUUGCAUUAUGUUGAAACACCUAUCAUGCACUGUUGCUCACACGAUCCUGAACAGAUACGUAUUGAGGUUGACACCAUCAGAGAAGACUUCAACUUGAGAGUCAAGAAAAUACUCUUCAAUUCAAUCAUAGGAGCAUACUAUAGCAGUUUUGUUCCAUGCUGUUUUGCCCAGUCGUUCGUAUACUACGACGUGCGGCGUUGCGCGACACAAGUCGGGCUGGUGUGGGGCGCGCUAUGUGGCCGGUACGCGGCGCAGCUGCUGCCCGCCGCGUUACUGGACGCGCCGCACAGGGCUGCCAGACAUCUGGGACGGUGGACUAAGUAUGAAGGCGAGGUGUCAGAGGCGUCGGAGUGGUGCGGCAACAGGUGGUGGGGCGCGGGCGCGGUGGCGCGGCGCGGGGGGCAGCUGUAUGUGGCUGCGGCCGCCACCGUCGCCGCCGACCCCGCCGCCGUGCACCACAGGCGGUUCUAUAGUGUGUUCAACGACCCAUCAAACUUGCUCUGCCUUUUCCUGUGCCUGCAGCUGUCAUUGGUGGUUCUUCAGCUCUGUCUGCUGUUCAGCUCCUUUGCUUGGCACAACUUCAUCGCAGUCCUCAUGCUGCUAUUCAUCAACUACUACACACUGUUCAAGAUGGUGCGAGACUACUUGAUAGCGUGGAAAGUAUACAAUGCUGAGAAUAUUAUACAAGACAAGAAUAAUCUGGUGACAGUCAACUAAUCUGAAAAUAAACUGAUUUUGUGAUCGAUAUAUUAACAGUUCCGUUUCUUAUGAAGUUAAAAAUUGUUAUUCAAAAUUUUGUCCGCACAAAAUGUUCGGAGUUUCAUUUGAUUGUGGUUUGUGUCAUAUCUAGUCUUAUCAACGCGUGUGCAGUGUGACAAACAAGUCGUGAUUCUAUCUUUUCUAAGCAUCCAAUGUAUCGGAAUCAGGCUGUAUGGAAUGUUAGUAUUUCAAUGCUUUUUUUUUUAUACAGCGUGCCAAAAAUCUGCAUUAAAAUACUAACAGCGCGUACGAUGCGUGCGACCUGAUUUCGUUGCAGUGGACUUGCAGGUUUUAAAGUCAUUCCACUGUGAGUUUUUCAUGUUCUUCCUUUGUGUCUGGUUUGGUGUUGCCAGAGUGAAAAGUUUGUUACACUGUAAAUUAGUUUAAGCUGCAGAUGUACUCAUAUUUUUUUAAGCAUGUAUCAUUGUGUAAACAUUAAGAAUGGUUUGAAACAAAAAAAACUUUAGUCACAUCAUUGGACCUACUUAAAAUUGAAAGGAAAACAGGACUGUAUUGGAUUUGUUAUGACUUGGAUAUCCAAACAUUGAAUAAAAAACUCGAAAUGUAAAAAUAAACUUAUAUUACUUGCCAUA